GUGGCUUAGUAGUGAUGGUGGGUGGGUGCUGUGUAAUUUUAGGUUAAGUUAUGGAAUUAUGAUUUUAUAAAAUAUAUAACAAACUUUUAAAAAAUGAAAAAUCCCUAUGUAAUGGAUUCCGCACUUAUAAUAGUACCUUCUGUCCUAUGUUCUUUUUUAGUAUUUAAACUAAUAUUAAAUUUGCGGUCAACACUGCCUUGGCGAGUCAAUUGUUGGUUUUGUAAUUCAAACUUUUGGAUAAAAUACAUUGAACGUAACAGCUGGACCUGUAAAAAAUGCGAACAGUAUAAUGGAUUCACUAAAGACGGUGAUUAUAAUAAAGUAUUAAACAUAGAGAAUGAGAAAGUUUCAUUAAGUCCUAAAUUAUUCCAAAGAAGUCCACCCAAAAAUGGCCUCUGCAAAAUGUGUAAUAUUAACCAACAGCUCAAGGUGACACAAUUAUCAAAUUUUGUUCCUAUGAAUGAAAAUAAAUAUGAUGAGGAGGUAGAAUGUUACAGAUUAAAAUUAGAAAAAGCUUAUAAAUUAUGUAGUCCAUGCAAAAAAGUGCUACAAAUGAAAUUGCACAAAGAAAAAGAGACCUUAUUGGGUUCGAAGCUUUUAGAAAUGAGGACACCAGAGAAAAAACUCCAGAAAUCAGCAAAGAGAAAUGAAUUUUGUAAAAACGUUAUUAACAAUGCAUCCACGCUGAUAGCAGGAGUGCUUAUAGUAUUAGUGACGGUUGAAUGCUAUGAAAAUGCUUUGAAACACAAGAGUUUAUCAUAUACAUUAAUUUAUAUUAAAGAUAUGUUGAACAAUAUAUUACAAAGAAUAAUCUCUAUAGUCAGAAUGAAGACAUUCCUCACAUUCCCAUCUCUAGAGAAACAUUUUAUGGUUGUAGAUUAUAACACAGAUAUAUUUACAAACUUUAACAGCGGACUUAAUGAUUUGACUCAAAAAGCUUUAGGUGGCUUUGUAUGUUUUAUACAGAUUGUUGGACAUUUUUGGAAUAUAAAUAUAUCGCAUCACAGUGUUGCCAUUGACUUGUUGUGGUCUGUAUUUGUUAUCACAUCAAUUGUAUAUGGGAAUGUAGAUGCGGACCCAUUAAUUAUGAGCUUAUUAAAAUUAUCAAGUACUCUGGCAGUAUUGCUUAUUUAUAUUAACAUGAAACAAAAGAACCUAAGAAAUGUGAUGAGAAAAAUUAACACACCAAAGAGCGGAACAAAAUUACUAAGAGGUACAAAGAGUAUUAAUGACGAAGAAGACAACAUAUCUUUGGAUACAGACGACGAUGUGUCUCUUAGUAAAUUUGGUUUACACAACUUCACGGACUCAUCGAAUGAUACACUUAAUCCUUUGAGUGGUUUGAUAAGUGGCAGAUCCUUCACUCCCAGGAGUGACAGUCUUUGGAGUAAACCUAACAUAAACACAGCUUUCACAGUAAACUCCGCAUUGACUAACACAGCAAAAAGCAUAUCAGAUUCAGUUUUCAUGAAGCCAUCGUUCAACAAAUAUCAAAAAAUCAAAGACGAAUCCGAUUCCGAUCUAGACGAAAGUAUAAAUUCAUUGUGUAUAAGCAGUCCCAAGAAGAAGAGCCGGAAAAUUAACCCGGUGUUCGCUCUGAGAAAAUUCACUGCGUCUCCAAAUUUUAUAAUUCCGACACCCCAAAAUCAUUCGAGGCCAUUGAUAUCACCGAGCAAAUUGGGCCACAGUACUUCCUGGGUGGCGGGGGGCUACUGGGGCAAUGAAGGCGGACAAAUAUUUAACGUGAACGGAAGCCGGUCUUCCAGUCAAAGUUCAGGGUUCGAGUCCCAGGCGUCGAGCAUGAACCAACGAAACGUGUUCUCUCCGCCGUCGCGCGAGGAGUCCGUGUGCGGUGAACCAGAAAGAACGCUCUUGAUGGACCGCUUCAGUAACAACACCAGCACCAUGAACGGCUUCAACUACCCGAACCCGAGCUUCACUCCCAUCGCGACGCCAGUCUUCCCACAGAUGCAGUACAACAGUCACGUACAAAUACCUCAGCCGAGAUUCGCUCAGCAGACUUUCGUGUCGCAGAACGUUUUCGCCCAACAGUUCUCUCCCAAUUCCACAUUCAAGGCCCCCAGCGGCUCCCGUCUGAUAAAGCUGCCCACAGACAGCUUCGCACCCCGCUGAGGCUGAGGGCUUUUCGGUUACAUAACUAAUCCUUUCUACUAACUUUUUUGUUUGCCUUUUAUUCUUUGAUCGUUUUUAUCUACUAGUUUCAUGAACUGCCAUUAAGUUAAGGAAUCUGGUUAAGUUGUAUCACCUGCGUUAGUUUUUAAGCGGUUAUUAGUUGUAAUGUUGAGUGAACUUAGUUGUAAGACUAUUUGCUGAUCUCGUGUUGGUGCCGGGCGUCGGCGAUAUGAAAGCAUUAAGAAUUAUUGUAUUGUUACAAUUUUCUACGGACGUCACUGUCCUGUCCUUCAUGAACAAAAUGUGAUAUUUAAAGACUAGUAAUUUUUUGCAAAAAGUGAAGAAAAAUGAUUCUUGAUGUUAUCAUUGUUUUGAUUUUGUCAUCUUAUAGUGAAAACUUUUUGUGAAGCUCCUGUAAUAAAGUAUAUAAAUUAUA